AUGGCUCUAAGGCGCGUCUUCCUGCUGCGCUCGCUGGCACCACAUGUGGCNGGUCUCUCAACAGGGCCGCAGGCCCGUGAGCAGCCCGCCGCGAGCUCAGGGGCUGUGCGGGCAUGGCGAGCGGCCGAGGCUGUGCGGCGGCCUGUGCAAGUCGUGGACUUCAGCAACACUAUGGAGGCGUACCGCAGUCGGCGGAGCUGGGAACUGGUGCGCUACCUGUUAGUGCUGCGCCUGUGUGCGUCGCCGAUGCUGCUGGCGCACCACGAACAGUUACUCCAUGUUGCCAGGAAGCUUCUGGGGCAGAGGAUGUUCGACAGACUAAUGAAGAUGACCUUCUAUGGUCAUUUUGUGGCUGGCGAGGACCAGGAGUCUAUCAGGCCUCUGAUCCGGCACAACAAAGCCUUUGGUGUUGGCUCCAUCCUGGACUAUGGAAUGGAGGAAGAUAUGAGCCCUGAGGAGGCGGAGCGCAAGGAGAUGGAGUCGUGCACCUCUGAAGCAGAGAGAGACAGCAGUGGCACAAAUAAGAGGGAGAAGCAAUAUCAGGUCCACCCUGCCUUUGGAGACCGCAGAGAUGGUGUCAUCAGUGCCCGCACCUACUUCUAUGCCAAUGAAGCCAAAUGUGACAACUAUAUGGAGAAUUUACUCAAGUGCAUUGAGGCCUCAGGUGGAGCCAGUGACGGUGGUUUCUCAGCCAUUAAGCUCACUGCACUGGGGAGACCACAGUUUCUGCUGCAGUUCUCAGACGUGCUGACCAGGUGGAGACGGUUCUUUCAUCAAAUGGCCGCAGAGCAGGGACAGGCUGGGCGUGCUGCUGUAGACACAAAGCUGGAGGUGGUGGUGCUCCAGGAAAGCAUCGCAAAGAUGGGCAUCGCGUCCAGGGCUGAAAUCGAGGGUUGGUUCACACUGGAGACGCUGGGAGUGUCUGGCACUGUGGACUUGCUGGACUGGAACAGCCUCAUUGACAGCAGGACCCAGCUCUCCAGGCACCUGGUGGUCCCCAAUGUGCAGACAGGCCAGCUGGAGCCUCUGCUGUCACGGUUCACUGAGGAGGAGGAACAGCAGAUGAAGCGGAUGCUGCAGAGGAUGGACGUGCUGGCCAAGAAAGCCAGAGAGACAGGCGUGCGGCUGAUGAUAGAUGCUGAGCAGAGCUACUUCCAGCCGGCUAUCAGCCGCCUGACUCUGGAGAUGCAGCGCAGGUUCAAUGUGGACAAGCCACUCAUCUUCAACACAUUCCAGUGCUACCUCAAGGAUGCCUAUGACAAUGUGACCAUGGAUAUGGAACUGGCUCGCCGUGAGGGAUGGUGUUUUGGGGCCAAGCUGGUACGUGGUGCAUAUAUGGCCCAAGAGCGUGCCAGGGCUGUGGAAAUCGGCUAUGAGGACCCCGUCAAUCCUACAUAUGAGGCCACCAAUGUCAUGUACCACAGGUGCCUCAACUAUGUUCUGGAAGAGCUGAAGCACAGACCCAAGGCAGAGGUGAUGGUGGCUUCCCACAAUGAGGACACAGUACGCUUCACACUCUGCAGGAUGGAGGAGUUAGGCCUGCAUCCUGAUGAUGGCCAGGUGUGCUUCGGACAGCUGCUGGGGAUGUGUGACCAAAUUAGCUUCCCAUUAGGCCAGGCAGGAUUUCCUGUGUACAAGUAUGUACCCUACGGUCCUGUGAUGGAGGUGCUGCCCUACCUGUCCCGACGUGCCCUGGAGAACAGCAGCAUCAUGAAGGGUGCUCAGCGAGAGAGGCAGCUGCUAUGGCAGGAGCUCCGCAGGCGGCUGCGCACUGGCAACCUCUUCCACCAUCCAGCCUAGUCACUGCAAUGACCAUGCCCACACCUACUCCACUCAACCUGUUACCUCUGGGGCAGGGCACA